UAAUUAUUGUCAUUGGCGUCAACCAUUCAAUCUUUUUGCUCAUUAUUAUUCAUAAACCCACAUAUAGUAAUUUUUCUCUAUACCCAUCACCUUCAAUUGUCAAGAACUCGCUGCAUCACAAGCUUCUACAUCCAGUUACCGAUCCUUCUAGUUUACGAAGCACUAUGAGAUCUGAAAUAUUUAGCAGUGGAAUCGAGCUUGCAACUUUGGUGACAAGCUCUAUUCUUCUUCGCAAAUCAUGGGAUGUUAUCUCGAGUGAUCACGAAGACAUCAUUUCAUACAAGGGAGAGGGAUUGUCAUGGAAACUUUAUAAAGAAUCGCAUUCAGAUUUGAAUAUUAUAGCAUUUGAGGCCACGUUUGACUCUUCAAAACUUUCAGGGGAUUUGGUUCCAUCUUCGGAGAAAUUCCUUCACUUUGACUUCUUGUGUACCGAAAUCAAUCAAAUUUUCUCCAUUAACAGAACUGCACUUUCACUCUUCCAUAAAAACCAUCAGAGGCUUGAUCAAUUGAAAUGUUAUGAGAUUAAUAGUUCAAGUCGAUUGAUAGUUACUGGACAUGGUCUUGGAGGAUCAGUUGCUUCUCUCUUCACUAUAUCACUAUUAGAUAGCGUUUGGUUAGGAAAGAAUCGCCCACUUUGCAUCACCUUUGGUUCACCCCUUAUUGGUGACAAGAAUUUGCAACAAGCUAUAUCACGUAGUCCUAUUUGGAAUUCUUGCUUUCUAGAUGUUGUGUCGGUCAAAGACCCACUUCCAAGGCUCUUCAUUGCAAAUCAUACUUACAUGCCCUUUGGAACAUUUCUCUUCUGUUCCGAUAUAAAUUCUGUAUGUUUUGAGAAUCCUGACAAUGUUUUGGAACUUCUCAUUGCAAUGGACUCAACCCGUGAUCAGAAUCAAGGAUUUAAAUCUGCUAAUUACGGAAAUAUAGUGAAAAAUCUCAAUCAUAAAACAAUUUCCAAUGACUUUAUUACUGUGGCUGGAAACAUGACUCGUCCAGAAUCAAAUUCAGUACUUGCAAGUAGUAUCAGUUUACAGUUGGGGACACUAGGAUUGACACCACACAUGCAGGUAGAGCAGCCACAACAAAACAUCGAUAUCAUUACUCUGGAAGGAAAGAUGAUAAAACUAGAACAAAAAUUCAUUUAUCAGAAGAAGGUGAUGUUCAGUCCUUCCAAGAAAUUGAAUUUAAUAAAGAGGGACAUGGUCCAACUUGAAUGGUACAAGAAGGGCGGAAAAAAUCGAGGAAUAGGAUACUAUGACAGCUACAAGAGGAAUGUUUCAAUAUUGGACCAUGAUGUUGUGAAGUUCAUCAAAAAUCUAACUUAUUACUGGAAAAGUAUGGUUGAAGAAGCAAAAAUUAUGCCUCAGAAAGGAAGUGCAGGUUUUCGUAAAAGCUGGCUCUAUGCUGGUACUAGCUACAGGAGAAUGGUGGAACCCCUUGUUAUUGCUGAAUACUAUAGUAAUGGGGGUAAAGACUAUAUGACUAAGAAUAGGCCUAAGCAUUUUGUUCUAUUGGAGGAGUGGUUUUGGAAUGAGAUGACAAGAGCCAGAACAAGGUAUGUGGAAGCUAUGUUAACACUAGACUUUGGCACAUUGAUAAACAACAUGAUCCUUUCCCGCCAACAGACGAUGGUUUACGAAGAGAUGGAGGACUAUUUAUUAAGCGAUGAUGAGAACUACGAAGAUAUUUCAAAGUAUCCUUCUUUCUUUUGUGUAGUUGAUGACCAGAUUCGUCUUUCAAGUAAAGAGUUGAACGUAGUAGAAGAAAAUGAAGAGAAUGUAAGUAAUUCUUACUUCGAGGCACUGGUUGAUGAGUGUAUCCAUUCCCCGCGCAAAGGGUCAGUUAUGGAAGGAAAUAAUAUAAAGGGAUUUGGAUCACGUGUUGACCAGGCUAUUCUUUCUCGCCAAGGAUCAUUUGGUUCCAAAGGAAGAAAGCAAAACGUGGAAUCUAUUUUAACAACUGAUUCUUGCUUUUGGGCUCAUGUUGAAGAAGCACUCCUUUUGUGCAAGGAAUUAAAGGCUACCGAAGAGAACGAAGAGACAAUGCAGAAAUUGGUUAAAUUUGAGAAGUAUGUGUAUGAGUUGCUGGAGAACUAUGAGGUGUAGCCAGAAAUUUUCUUGCAGGAAAGCAGUUAUAUGCAUUGGUGGAAAGAGUAUAAGGCAAUUAAGGGAAGAUCAUAUGAUUCAACACUUGCAAGUUUCAUGAAUGAUGCUAGGAAUCGUGAGCGGUAUGCUUUGGGAGCGUAUGAUUUUCAUCCUUAUGUAUGAUGUUUUUCAGUUAUGCGAUAAAUUUUGAUUUCAUUAUAAAUUAAUUACCAGUGUAUUUAGAUGUUUUAUUAUUUAUGUUUUAAUAUAGGAUGUGACAUCAAGGGAUUCAAAAUUUAUGAUUUA